GUAAACAAAUUACAGACGUCGCUCCAAAUAGAUGGUCACGUGAUUGUAAUCUGCUGAGAGGAGAAGAAUGGAAGAAGAAAAAGAGGAAAUCCAUGAAAAUGACGAAGAAACUGUUUUUCCAGUUGAAAAGUUGAAAGAAAUAGAAGAUGAUGGAGCGAACAAUGAUGCUGUACCAUUGAAUACUGCUUGGACAUUUUGGUUAGAUAGAUCGGUAAAAGGAGCAAACGCCGAUGAAUUUGAGGCGUCUUUAGUAAAAAUUUACACAGUCGAAACUGUUCAGACCUUUUGGAGUGUAUUCAAUCACAUAAAAGACGUAAGGCAGUUGAAAGAGAAGUAUACCUAUCACUUGAUGAGAGGAACGAGGAGACCUAUGUGGGAAGACGAACAGAACUGUAGGGGAGGGAAUUGGAGGAUAAAGAGUCAUAAAAGAGAUACUCCUAGAAUUUGGAAAGAGUUAUUAGUUGCCGCUAUAGGAGAACAGCUGACCGAGUUCAUAAACGAAGGUGACGAAAUCGGGGGUUUGAGCGUAAGUCCGAGAGAGUAUGAUGAUAUUAUUCAAAUAUGGAAUACUAGGGCUGAUUUACAUGAUAAAGCUUCGAUUGAAAAUGACGUAAGACGAUUAUUAUCCGGUGUACAAAUUAUAGCCAUGUUUUAUAAAGCUUUCUCAACUCAUCAAGCAUUUUCGGGCACUAAAUCACGUAAAGUAUCGAAAUAA